AAUAUAUUACUCAGUGUAUUGAAGAAAUUAAAGAGGAGCUCCGUCAAGAAAAUAUUGCAAUUAAAGCAAAUGCAGUGGCCAAAUUAACAUACCUGCAAAUGCUGGGCUAUGACAUCUCAUGGGCAGCUUUUAAUAUUAUAGAAGUGAUGAGUUCAACAAAAUUUACAUUUAAGAGAGUUGGUUAUCUUGCUGCUUCUCAGAGUUUCUAUGAAGAGACUGAUGUUCUUAUGUUAACUACAAAUAUGAUAAGAAAAGAUCUAAACAGUCAAAACAUGUAUGAUGCAGGAACUGCUAUGAGUGGUUUAUCUUGUUUUGUAACUCCAGAUUUAGCCAGAGAUUUAGCAAACGAUGUCAUGACAUUGCUUACAUCAACCAAGCCCUAUUUGAGAAAAAAAGCAGUUCUGUUAAUGUACAAGAUAUUUCUUCAGUUUCCUGAAGCUCUACGGCCUGCAUUUCCGCGUUUAAAAGAAAAGCUUGAAGAUCCUGAUCCAGGGGUACAAUCAGCUGCAGUUAAUGUAAUUUGUGAACUUGCAAGAAAGAAUCCAAAAAAUUAUCUAUCACUUGCUCCUGUAUUCUUUAAAUUAAUGACAAGCUCAACAAAUAAUUGGAUGCUUAUAAAAAUAAUAAAAUUGUUUGGUGCUCUGACUCCACUAGAACCUAGGCUGGGUAAAAAGUUGAUUGAACCACUUACUAAUUUAAUAUACAGUACUUCAGCAAUGUCUUUAUUGUAUGAAUGUAUCAAUACUGUGAUAGCUGUUUUGAUUUCCAUUUCAUCUGGAAUGCCAAAUCAUUCUGCAUCCAUUCAGUUGUGUGUUCAGAAGUUAAGAAUUUUGAUAGAAGAUACAGAUCAAAACUUAAAGUAUCUAGGUCUUCUUGCCAUGUCUAAAAUAUUGAAGACACAUCCAAAGAGUGUUCAAGCACACAAAGAUUUAAUAUUGCAAUGCCUGGAUGAUAAAGAUGAAUCUAUUCGUCUUCGUGCACUUGAUCUUCUUUAUGGAAUGGUAUCAAAAAAAAAUUUAAUGGAGAUAGUAAAGAAGUUAAUGGUUCAUAUGGAUAAAGCAGAAGGUACAAAUUAUAGAGAUGAAUUACUGUGUAAAGUGAUUGAUAUUUGCUCUCAAAAUAACUAUCAAUAUAUUACUAAUUUUGAAUGGAAGUUGCCAUCCAUGAUAGAUUCCAUUGUGGCAAAAAAGGAAGCAAUAAAGGAGACUAAUGUAGCGAAAGGCGUGAAUAUGCUAAUGAAACAGAGAUCGCAAACAAUUGAAGAUGCAAUUCUAUUAGAUAAUGCACAUUUAUUAGUUGCAAAUACACAAAGAAAUAGUAUCUGUGAGGUAUUAUUUGCUGCUGCAUGGAUAUGUGGAGAAUUUUCAGAAAUUGCAUUUCUACAGAAACUUCAUUUAACUAUUUUAUACUUAUUUAGACCUCUUCGAGAUGAUGAACAACUACCUGUACGAACACACCAUAUUGUAAUGCCUAAUAAAGUUGAAGAGAAGAAUGAAAAGAAUAAAAUUAAAAAAAAGAAAGAAAGGGAAUCUGGGAAACAACAUAAAGUUGGAAAGAAUGACAUGAAUGAAAUGGUGGAUGAUAUUCCUGUUGCUCAUAUUGAUUUAACUGUUCCAUUACAUAUACCAGGAUUAAUUUCUUCUGAUAAAUAUUUAAAUACACAUAAUAUUAAAACAAAGAAUACACAAAGGAAAAAUAAAAAGAAAAAAAGAAAAACCAAAAAAGGAAAACAUGUCUUAACUGAUAGUGAAGAUGAUAUUUCUGCUGUUCAUGAGGUGACAAUAUUAAAAGAAGAAAUGCCUGAUGGUGCUAGAUUAACUGAUGAUGAAGAUGAUGAUGAUAGAAAUCCAGAUGAUCCUCAUAAAGCUUUAGACAUCAACCUUGAUGAACCUCUUCGAGAUGAUGAACAACUACCUGUACGAACACACCAUAUUGUAAUGCCUAAUAAAGUUGAAGAGAAGAAUGAAAAGAAUAAAAUUAAAAAAAAGAAAGAAAGGGAAUCUGGGAAACAACAUAAAGUUGGAAAGAAAGAAAAAAUGAAAAAGAAUAAAAACAUUGAACAAAAUAAAACUGAAGAUAUAGAAAAUAUAAAAGUAAUAGAAAUAUCAGAACAAAAUGGUAGAAUUGAGGAUCAGUUGAUUGAAGAAAAUAGUGUUGCAGCUAAAAAUAAAAAGAAUGAGAAAAACAAAAAGAAAAAGUGGGAGAAAGAAAAACAGAAAGAAAAGAAGUCAAAAAAAGAAAAGAAAAAGCGACAAAGAACUCACCAUGGUAAUACCUUAUUACAAGAGGAUCAACCAAAAGAUAAAACAGAAUAUGAAGAAGCUCCAGGAAUAGCAACACCAUCCAAAGAACCUGGAACUAGCAUUUCACAGACUCCUCUUACGCCUUCUAUGCCUCUACCUUCUAAUUAUAAAUUAUUAGGAGAAGAUAAAAAUAUUAAAAUGACUUACGAGAUUCGAACUCUGCAGAAUGUACGAAAUGAGAUAGUAGUUUCUGUAAUUUUUAAUAAUUUAAGUGAUUGCCAUAUAAAGGAAUUAGAAUUUAAUGUUUUAGAUACAUUAAAUACAAAGAUGGUUCGAAAUGUAAGUAUUGACUUCAUGCUCCACUAUAGUAGUGAAGUGCUUAUGACUGAAAUAGGAUCAACUCAUGAAAAAUUAGAAUUUAAAUUACAUCUUCCUGUGUCAUCAUAUUUAAUUGGGACAACGUAUAAAAGGGACACUUUUGCAGAACUUUUAAGUAGUGCAGAAUUAACAGUUAAAUCUUCAUUUCAGUUAGAAUCUGUUGGUGAUUUAGAAUUUUCACACAUUCUCUCCAAAAUAUGUUUUUAUUGCCAUUUUACAGUGGUGGAGCAAGUUGGACUUAGUGCCUCUCUUUAUAGUCGCUCAAUCCAAGAUGAUCAUAUAUGUUUACUAGUCAAACAUUUGAAUCCUAACAGGUUGAGUGUGGAUGGAAAAAGUACAAAUGACCAAUUACUGUCCAGUCUAUUAGAUGAAAUUAAACAGAUUUUAAGUCCACAGAAUUCAAUUUCAACAUAAUUAUAAAGAAAAUUUAAUAUUUUAUGCAAAAAAAUUAACUUGAAAGUUUUGGAUUGACUCCAGACACAUUCCAGUAA